CCCAAAAAAAAGAACGCCACAUUCUCCUCUCCUCCCAUGCUUCUCCUCUUCUUCUCCUUUCGACCAAUUAUACGCGUUUCUGGCCUCGAAGAUGCCGAGGCUCGCCAUCUUCCCCGGUCCCAUCUACCCGCCCUUCCCCAGAGCUAAGCUAAUUUCAACAACGACAUGCUCUUGGUUUUCAGCUCAGGCGAUAUUUACUCCAGACUUUUGGCAUGCGAGAUGCUGCUGGUUUUCCUGCUUCGCAAGGUUCGUGUCUUUCCGGCAAGUCCGGGCUGCGACUAUUUAUUCUUGGCAUCCAGUCACCAGUCUUUCUUAUACCAAUUCCAUCUGCGAUUCGGUCGAGCUGGCGUUUUGAGGCUUGGUGACGCGGCGCCUCAUCACUCGACUUGCUCCGUCCAUCUCCUUUGUCCCCUCAUCCUGACAUCUUCUUCCUCGGGCAUCAACCGAUCGAGCAGCAAACUGUCCAAUGAAGAACGCUUCAUUAUCUACUAUUGCCACUUCGAAAGUGGUACUAAAUCCAAUACAAUCCAAUCAACCCAAGCCAAACAAGCCAAGCCCAGUCAAACCCGAUUCCUUCCAUUCACCAUGAUACGCGAUGCCUCGGCAAUUCAUAGUUCAUCCAAGGCAAAGUCCCUCCUCAAACUCCGCACCAUCAGAAGACGCCCAAAAGUCUGCAGUUAAUCGUCUUGAUUAUCCUGCCCCAUUGGUUAUCCAAGAAAGAAAAGAUAAAUCCGUGCCAGAAAACAUACCAUACUAACGCUAAUAAAAACCACAAACAUCG